CUUCGAUUCCCACUUUCCCACACUCUCUCCUCCAUCGUAGUUCCCCGGCUGCUCCAAUUUCAUCGUCAUCCUUAAUCUUCAUUUCCAGCUCUACUGAUUAGGCAGGGAAGGAGAUGGCCCUGUAUGUUGUAGCACGGCGGCUCUCCGGUGGAUCCGCAACCGCGCAGUUGCGUUACGCCACCUGUUGGAGAUUCUAUUCGACGUCGUUUAGGGAGGAGAAGGACACAUUUGGACCUAUCCUUGUUCCCUCCGAUAAAUUAUGGGGAGCCCAAACUCAGAGAUCCUUGCAGAAUUUUGAUAUCGGCGGCGAGCGGGAGCGAAUGCCCGAGCCAAUUAUUCGUGCCUUUGGCAUCCUCAAGAAAUGUGCUGCUAGGGUGAAUGUGGAGUACGGUCUUGACCCGACCAUAGCAAAAGCAAUAAUGCAAGCAGCGCAGGAAGUGGCUGAGGGGAAACUUAACGAUCAUUUUCCUCUAGUGGUGUGGCAAACUGGCAGCGGCACUCAGAGUAACAUGAAUGCCAAUGAGGUUAUUGCUAAUAGAGCUGCUGAGAUCCUUGGACACAAGCGUGGUGAAAAAUUUGUGCACCCUAAUGAUCAUGUCAACAGAUCACAGUCAUCUAAUGACACAUUCCCAACUGUAAUGCACAUUGCAGCUGCAGUGGAAAUUAAUUCAAGACUGAUACCAAAUCUGAAAAAUUUACAUACUUCACUAUAUUCAAAGUCUGUUGAAUUCAAAGAUAUUGUUAAAAUUGGACGGACACACACCCAAGAUGCAACACCCUUGACUCUUGGGCAAGAGUUUAGUGGCUAUACUACACAGGUCAAGUAUGGAAUUGACAGAAUCACGUGCACUCUGCCUCGCAUGUAUCAGCUUGCACAGGGCGGCACUGCUGUAGGAACAGGACUAAACACAAAGAAAGGGUUUGAUGUAAAGAUAGCUGCUGCAGUAGCAGAGGAAACAAAAUUGCCAUUUGUCACAGCGGAAAACAAGUUUGAAGCUUUGGCUGCACAUGAUGCUUUUGUUGAAAGUAGUGGUGCUCUUAACACUAUUUCUGCAUCCCUGAUGAAAAUUGCCAAUGAUAUACGCUUUCUAGGAAGCGGCCCACGGUGCGGUCUCGGCGAACUCAUUCUUCCUGAAAAUGAGCCUGGAAGCAGUAUUAUGCCUGGAAAAGUCAAUCCUACCCAGUGUGAGGCUCUAACAAUGGUCUGUGCUCAGGUCAUGGGAAACCAUAUGGCCAUCACAGUGGGUGGAUCAAAUGGCCAUUUCGAAUUGAAUGUCUUCAAGCCAAUGAUAGCUAAUGCUUUCCUACAUUCGCUAAGAUUAUUGGGGGAUGCAUCUGCUUCCUUUGAAAAGAACUGCGUUAGAGGAAUUCAAGCUAACAGAGAAAGGAUAUCAAAAUUACUCCAUGAGUCUCUGAUGCUUGUCACAUCGUUGAAUCCUAAAAUUGGCUAUGACAAUGCUGCAGCAGUUGCUAAGAAAGCCCAUAAAGAGGGAACUACUUUGAAGAAAGCUGCCUUGGAACUUGGAGUGCUCUCGAGUGAAGAAUUCGAUACUCUUGUGGUGCCUGAGAAAAUGAUUGGCCCAUCCAAUUGAGUCUUGACAAGCUACCAAGGACCUUCAAGUUCCAGAUUCCCUGAUUUAAGCCAGAAUUUGAAUUUUUGAACUGUGUCUCUAUCAGUUGGAUAAGAGAAAAUAAUGAUCCUACAAUAUUUUUUUCUUAAUUCUUUAAAACACAAUAUAUCUUGAGGUUUGUCCAUUAGAUGGGUUCAAUCCUUUAUAAGCAUUCUACUACUGAGGUAAAGUAGUUGUUUAUCGGCUACGAGGGGAGAAAAAACCCCUCAUUCUGUAAGAUAGACAUUGUAUUGGAGGAAAGAUAAAUUGCAGAAUAAAUUUGAAGGAAAUGCUUUACUAUUCA